UUUGUGCCGCGAACAGUUGUUUUCAAGCGCGUUCUUAUUUUUACCUCGAACAUUUAUUUUCUGGACGCGGACCACAACGGAAGCCCCACAAAAUGAUGAAAAGAAGUGUAUAUGUUAUCGGCGUUGGCUUAACCAAGUUCAUGAAACCUGGCCGCCGCGCGAACCUUUGCUAUCCGGACUUUGCCAAAGAAGCAGCCAACAAGGCGCUGCAGGAUGCCAACAUUAAGUACGAGGCGGUGCAACAGGCUGUUGUGGGUUAUGUCUACGGGGAUUCCACCUGUGGCCAGCGUGCGGUCUAUGAGGUGGGCUUGACAGGCAUUCCUGUGUUCAAUGUGCAUAACAAUGGCUCGACAGGAUCGACUGCUGUGUAUCUGGCCAAGCAGGUCGUGGAGUCGGGCAAUGCCGACUGUGUGCUGGCCUUGGGCUUUGAGAAGAUGGAGCGUGGCUCGUUGUCGUUGAAGUACUCUGAUCGUGCCAGUCCCUUUGAGCGGCACAUCGCGGAAAUGGCUAAGAUAACAGCAAUCCGUAAUGAGCCAAUAACAGCGCAGUUCUUUGCCAAUGCGGGCAAAGAGCACAUGGAAAAGUACGGCUCAAAGCCGGAACACUUUGCAAAGAUUGCGUGGAAAAAUCAUAAGCACUCGGUCAAUAAUCCCAAUGCGCAAUUCCGUGAAGAAUAUACGCUCGAGCAGAUUAUGAAUUCACCUCAGGUCUCGGGCGUGCUGACCAAGCUGCAGUGCUGUCCCACUUCGGAUGGCGCUGGCGCUGCCAUUUUGGCCUCCGAGCAGUUCGUGCGUCGUCAUGGCCUGGAGAGACAGGCCGUGGAGAUUGUGGGCAUGGAAAUGGCUACUGAUACGGAAUCGAGCUUUGAAGACAAGAGCUUAAUGAAGAUUGCUGGCUACGACAUGACUCGCCUUGCCUCGGAGCGUCUCUUUGCCAAGAGCGGCUACAAGCCGCAGGAUGUGCAGGUCGUGGAGCUGCACGAUUGCUUCUCGGCCAAUGAGCUGGUCACCUACGAGGCAUUGGGCCUGUGUGGCGAGGGCAAGGCCGGCGAGUUCAUCGAUCGUGGCGACAACACAUAUGGCGGCAAAUUUGUGAUCAAUCCCAGUGGCGGUCUCAUCUCCAAGGGCCAUCCGCUGGGCGCCACAGGCUUGGCUCAGUGCGCCGAGCUCUGCUGGCAGCUACGUGGCCUGGCCGAGAAGCGGCAGGUGGCUGGCGCUGAGCUGGCGCUGCAGCAUACUGUGGGCUUGGGUGGCGCUGCCGUGGUUGCUCUCUAUCGUCUGUGCUUUCCUGGCUCUACGAAAGCCAAGCUUUAAACGCUUUUCAUAUUG